AUGUAUUAUUUAAUAGCGUACUGCUGCAGCUUCGUUCUCAUAUCUCUGCUCUGCAUUUCGGCUCCGGUUUUCUCAUCAGGCGGAUCUUUCAUCAGCUUGUCACCUGUGCCUAGAGCAAAAUAUGUCGGCUACAAACACGGAGGAUGUGAAGGACCAAGAGCUUGCUGAUAGUGCUCUCAAUAACCAAGGUCACGGUGACAGUGCCGAGCAAGACAUAAAAGCUUCAGAUGAAAGCCGCGAUGAACAUCCCAUGCCUUCAGUUCAGAAGGAGGAGGAAACAAUUAAGAAAAAGUAUGGGGGUAUUAUUCCUAGGAAGCCUCCACUAAUAUCCAAGGACCAUGAGCGGGCUUAUUUUGAUUCUGCUGAUUGGGCAUUGGGAAAGCAGGGAGCCCAUAAGCCGAAAGGACCACUUGAAGCACUCCGCCCAAAGCUGCAGCCUACACCACACCAGCAAGUGCGUUCGAGGCGCGCCUCCUAUACGCGCGCAGAUGAUGUUGAAGUAGAUGGCGUCAAUAACAACACUUCGGAGGAGGAAGUCCAAUCCAGCGAAACCGAUGGUAGCAGCAGUAACAACACCAGCACAAACACCGCUACUGAGGAUGAGAGCCGCCAUGAGUAACUACCUCCUGCAUGCUCACAAAUUAGAAAACCCGAGUCCCAGAUCUUUACCAGAGUGCCAGAGCAAAUAAGCAAACUGAAUCAUGCAACGUUUUUGUACUUGUUGUAACAUGAAUCAUGUAACAGUAUUACUCUGCACCAAAUUAUGACAUUCACAUUUUCUUA